AUGUCGUCCUCACACAGAGAUCACCAACAAUCCACGUCGUCCUCACACAGAGAUCACCAACAAUCCAAGUCGUCCUCACACAGAGAUCACCAACAACCCAUGUCUUCCUUACACAGAGAUCACCAACAAUCCACAUCCUCCUCACACAGAGAUCACCAACAAUCCACGUCGUCCUCACAGAGAUCACCAACAAUCUACAUCGUCCUCACACAGAGAUCACCAACAAUCUACAUCGUCCUCACACAGAGAUCACCAACAACCCAUGUCGUCCUCACACAGAGAUCACCAACAAUCCACGUCGUCCUCACACAGAGAUCACCAACAAUCCAAGUCGUCCUCACACAGAGAUCACCAACAACCCAUGUCGUCCUCACACAGAGAUCACCAACAAUCCACGUCGUCCUCACACAGAGAUCACCAACAAUCCAAGUCGUCCUCACACAGAGAUCACCAACAACCCAUGUCUUCCUUACACAGAGAUCACCAACAAUCCACAUCCUCCUCACACAGAGAUCACCAACAAUCCACGUCGUCCUCACAGAGAUCACCAACAAUCUACAUCGUCCUCACACAGAGAUCACCAACAAUCUACAUCGUCCUCACACAGAGAUCACCAACAACCCAUGUCGUCCUCACACAGAGAUCACCAACAAUCCACAUCGUCCUCACACAGAGAUCACCAACAAUCCAUGUCUUCCUUACACAGAGAUCACCAACAAUCCAUGUCGUCCUCACACAGAGAUCACCAACAAUCCAUGUCUUCCUUACACAGAUAUCACCAACAAUUCACGUCGUCCUCACACAGAGAUCACCAACAAUCCAAGUCGUCCUACAACAGAGAUCACCAACAAUCCAAGUCGUCCUCACAAAGAGAUCACCAACAAUCCACGUCGUCCUCACACAGAGAUCACCAACAAUCCAUGUCUUCCUUACACAGAGAUCACCAACAAUCCAUGUCGUCCUCACACAGAGAUCACCAACAAUCCACGUCGUCCUCACAAAGAGAUCACCAACAAUCCAUGUCGUCCUCACACAGAGAUCACCAACAAUCCACGUCGUCCUCACACAGAGAUCACCAACAACCCAUGUCGUCCUCACACAGAGAUCACCAACAAUCCAAUCCGUCCUAACACAGAGAACAGAAAUUAUAAGAGUAUAUUAAAGGGGAUAUAG